GUUAAGAUUAAGAACUUUCUUGGGCUCAGAAAUUUAUUUCCUCGAUUCUCGUAUCUUUGAACAAGCGCUCAUUACUUUGGAACGAAUUAAGCUGCGCAUCGAACUUCGCACGAGGAAUUUUCAUCGACCGUGAACUUAGUGGAAAUAAUUAUUUGACAAACCACAGAUUGGCGGGACAGACGACAGGAAAAAUGGACAACAUUUAUAAACGCUCGAUUCUGAGCCUUCUAGAACGCCCUUGCGAACCGGUCUUCGUUCCAAGGGGCCGGGACAACGUGUGUUUUGACUUUCCUCCUGAAUAUAUGCCGGAAAGGUUCAAACCAUACGCGACCGAAUUACUCGAUCGAUUUUCGGAGGGGACGGUGACAAGAAUACAAGUGAGAGACGUCCCGAUACCGGAUUUGAGUUUUCCGCUGGAACUCGAGCGCGACGAGCAGUUCUCACUAUUUUUCCCAAAACAUCGAAGAAUGGCUGCUAGUCUCGUCAACAGCCUGAUGGAUCUGAAGAAUUUCGAUGAGUUGCUCUCAGUUGCUACGUGUUCGCGGGAUCAUCUCAAUCAGCAAAUGUUCUUUUACGCUCUGUGCGUGACGCUUCUUCAUCGACACGACACGAAGGAUCUCCAGGUUCCUUCUUUGUUCGAAAUCUAUCCCGCCAGUUUCUUCGGCAGCGCGGUUUUUCCCAAGCUGAAGGAGCAGGCGAAAAUCGUGUCCGAAAGUUCACGCGUUCCAAUCGAGAUUUCGAGAAAUUACACCGCCAAUGAUCUCGAACCGGAGAAUCGUUUGGCCUACUUCAGGGAAGACAUCGGAGUGAAUUCGCAUCACUGGCAUUGGCACGUCGUUUAUCCCCAUUCCCCGAAGAACAUUGAGGUCGUUGACAAGGAUCGUCGUGGCGAGCUCUUUUAUUGGAUGCACCAGCAGGUACUGGGGCGAUACAACAUCGCGCGUUUGUGUGCUAAGCUCGGAAGAGUGAAGAAAAUCAAGAGUUUCGAGGACCCGAAAGCCGAAGCCUACUUCCCCAAGCUCAACCCUCCCGAGGCCAGCGGUACAUGGGCAUCACGCCCGAAAGGGUGCACUCCGUUCCAAGAUCUCAACAGACCAGCCGAGGAAGCUUUUUAUAAACUCGAGGACAUCAAGCGCUGGAUAGACAGAAUUUAUUUAGCCAUUCACACGGGCCAGGUGAGGAGCGAAAAGGGCGGUAUCAUUGAAUUAACAGUGGACAAGGGUAUUGAUAUUCUAGGAAACAUGAUAGAAGCCUCUGAUCUCAGCCCUAAUCCAAAACUCUACGGAGACAUACACAACGCUGGUCACGCCAUGAUAUCGUGUUGCCACGAUCCUGACGGUCGUCAUCUGGAGAGCUACGGAGCCAUGGGGAACGUAACAACGGCCAUGAGGGACCCGUUUUUCUACAGAUGGCAUACUCUGAUUGACGACAUUUUUUAUGAAUAUAAAAACACUUUGCCGGAAUAUACUGACGCUGAGUUGAGCUUUCCUGGAAUUGAGAUCACCGCUGUCGGGCUAACAACUCCGGACGCUUCAGCGAAUACGCUACUGACGUUUUGGUCCAAGAGCAUGGUUGAUGUCAGUAGAGGGCUCGACUACGAACCUCAAGGCGAUCUUCUAGUGAAAUUCACGCAUUUGAAUCACGCUAAUUUCAAGUACCAUUUCACGGUUUUGAACACUGGUAACUCAGCGAAAAUUGGCACUGUCAGAAUCUUUAUUGGUCCGAAGCUCGACGAACGCGAGCUGCCUUUCGUUCUUCGAUCUCAAAUGCGCUUGAUGAUUGCGAUGGACAAAUUCGUCGUGACUUUUCAACCGGGAGAGAAUUACGUCGAGCGGGCGUCGAGCCAGUCCUCUUUGACAAUCUCUUUUGACACAAUAUACCGGGAAGUUGAAGAAAAUUUAACUCUCCACAAUGACGAAAGAGCUUUCAAUUUCUGUGGCUGCGGCUGGCCUCAUUAUUUGCUCGUGCCCAUUGGAGACGAGGGAGGAUACCCUAUGGAAAUGUUCGUCAUGAUUUCCGACCACGCAGACGAUUUGGUUGAACAACCUUCCCCAACGGGAUGCAGCGACGCUGCUACAUUUUGUGGACUUCGGGAUCGCAAGUACCCGGAUGCUCGUGCCAUGGGAUAUCCGUUCGAUCGUAAACCCCCAACUAAUAUCGAUACUUUGGCUGCCUUUCUCAAACCGAAUAUGGCACUGACCGAUAUCACUGUGAAAUUCACCGAUACUUAUAUUCCACGGUCGGAUAAGACCGCCUAAAACGGAGGUCAAUUUUACAAAUUUUGUCUUUUCCUCAGUCGGCGUAAAGAAAGUCUGUUCGACGAGAACUCGCGCUACUCUUCGAUGAUCGUUUCUACGAAACGAAUCCAUUCGCGUCUCUGACUAAUCUUUGUUGUAAACAACUGUUUUGUAAAAGGAAAAAUUGAAUAAAGUAUUUACGCUCACUGUUA